AUGGGCGUCGAGUUUCUUAGAAAGGCUGCCGCGCCGAAUAUCUACAAAGCCACUCUUGAAUUGUUGGAUCUAUGGCGCCUCAAGGCAACCGUAUAUAAAAACGAGGCUUUUAGCGUCCACCAAGACUUUCAAAAUGCAGCACUAGACGCCAUCUGGGUUGCCAUGAUCGGCGAGGAGCCAGGCGUAACCAGGUACGAGAUCAAAAAGUUUCACAGUGAAGUCGCUGGAAAUAGCGACUAUAAAAACGAGGCUCCUCCCCGUGGAAGCUUCCUCAAGGAAGAGCUAGCUUACAUCGGUCAAACUAUUGCGCGAAACUCGAACACCCCCUCUCCUAAGUGGGCACAGAAGCUGGAGACUUACACCCGCCGCUACCGCAAAUUUAGAAGAACGGUAACUACUGAGAUCGGUCUGGCAAUGGAGAAAGCAGUUGAUCGGUUCCAGCGCCUUGAGAUGGGCAACUUGGAAGCUGAGGAGCUUGAUACGUGCAUGAUGGAUUUAGUGCUGCGGCGACAGGUCCUUGAAGCUAAGAAGGCCAAUUGUCCUUUGACUGACCCUAGAGAAGAUCAAAGCAUGAUGGAUGAGAUGUUUGUCAUGCUAGUUGGGGGUCACGACUCCACUGCUAAUGCCCUUACCUGGUUCGUGAAAUUUAUGGAGGCUUACCCUGUGGCACAAGUGGAACUGCGUGCAGCUCUCAAGGCAGCCUUCCCUGACGAUGAUCCAUCUGUCGACGAGAUCAUUGGGACAGACAUUCCAUACCUCGAUGCCGCUUGUGAGGAGGGUUUCCGUCUUGCUGGUGUCGCCAAGGGAAAUCUUCGCCAAGCUACUAUGGACACAGAAAUUCUAGGCUGCAGAAUACCGAAAGGCGCUCAGGUAUUCAUGAAUUAUCACGUCAAUCGUACGCCUGCACCUGUAGACGAGUCAGCUCGCACUGAUGGCAGCAAAGCCGCCGCUGCCAAGUUUGGAGGUGGAUUCCAAAAUAUUGCAGGCCGUGACCUUGGCACCUUUGAGCCGAGGCGGUGGAUGGUGAAAGAGACAACAGGCAAGGAAGUGUUCAAUUCCCAUGCUUUGCCGUCCCUUUCAUUUGGUGGGGGUUACAGGGGCUGUCCUGGACGUAAGCUCGCAACUAUGGAGUUUCGGAUUGUUGUCACGCUUCUAAUCUUGAACUUGGAGGUUUUAGAUUUAGCAGAAGACCUCAAGACCAUGAGCGCUUCUGAGAAGAUUUUCCGGGAACCCGAUAAGCCAUACGCAAGAUUGCGCAGUCUGCGAUAA